UGAAUAUUGUGAAACCUAAAACAACCCUUCUAGUGCAAUCCUCUACCUGUUCUCCCUGCUUUAUUGGAAAAGCUAUUCACAGUUCAAUUAUUUACGCCACUGGGUUCUCGUUGCCUCUUUAAGGGAUUGAAUAACAGUAUUUCUCUUGUAUCUAAAGGUGACAGCCCGUCAGAAGAUGGAGAAGGAAAAAUAUCAGAGAACAGAGAAUCCAUUGCUGGACGAAAUCCUUCAAAAGUAUCGAGACUGUUCGACAGACUCCAUCUCAGGUCCCAAAGGAUUUGGCGAGCGAGUUGGCAAAAAGCCUUGGCCUACUACAGACUCAAAAGAGAAGCAAGUUAUUGUUUCGUCUGUCGAUAGUAAACGAACACUAAAUCCUGUAUUGAGGUCAGUUACUACAAGAAUGCAUGUGCAGUUUCGUGAUCAAGGAACUCUGAAAUUCAAGGAAACUUUGGUAGACCAGUUCCCAUUGGCGUGCUUCAGUUACGGCGGAGAAAAGAGACUGUGUUUUAAAGAUUUGGUUGAUAAAGUUUUAAAAGGAUUCAGUACCCAGGCUAUCAAUACUGCACGCGAUCGUCUCCAGAUUUUCUGCCCUCGGUGCACACCUCAACAACUUGAGAUUCUCAAACUCGCUGGAGUGCUUCCCUGGUCAUGUACCUCUGCAGGAUUGAUCUCUAAGAGCGAUGCUUUUCGACUGAUUGGAGUUUUAACAUGUUCGACCGUCCUCGCCAGAAUUAACCGGCUAUUUUCGGUGGACAGUCUAGAGGUAUAUCACGAGUGUUUUGGCGGAUGUGUUGGAACACUUGAGAUAGACCUGUAUACAGAUCCUUACGCUGAAUGCGUAACCUGUUCACAGUGCGAUGGUAUUUUUUCUCCAAGAACAUUUGUCACUCAUACCCACAGUUCUGGCGAGGUACACACAUGUCACUGGGGGUUUGACAGCGCUCACUGGCGUCUUUACUUGAUGCUUUGUAAUGAUCACCCUACUAUACAUGUUCAGAUGAUGUGGGAAAUGCUAACGAGUAAAUUCACCGAGGGAAGCCGACGAAGGCUCAAACGGGAGUAUGUGGAAACAGGACUCGCAGACAAGGAAUACAAUUCUUCGCAUUCUGGAGAGUCACGGAUAAGUCCAUCUCUUCCGGAGAAGAAACCCAAAGAUGGAAGAAGUUCAGCAAGUCCUAAGGAUAAGGAAGUAAGCGAGGAACGAUACGUCUAUUGUUCUAAUGGAGUUGUUACAACAACAGGGGGGGAAAUCAUGUGCCGGAGAUCUGCAUUUAGACCCUGGUCUCCAGUGGGAAACAGAACAAAUGGAAGAACAGUCGAAAAUGGAAUUGGAACUCCUUUGGCAAUGUUAGGUCCUGUUUCGCCAGCCAGAAUUUUUGCCCCUUCGACAAUAUCUUGCAUCAACUCCGACUGCCAUGGUACCAGUCCUUGUUCUCCUAGGGGACAGUACGCUUACAAAAGUUCCCUAACAAAGUCUGACGAAGGUUCGGAGUCGAAUAAAAUUUCGGAAGUUAUUUCAACUCCCACAUCCAAGGACCCAAUGUCUUUAGAGAGAACAGCUAAAGAUAUGCUUGAUGUUGUGGCACAAAAUGACCACGGAUGGAAUGCUUUUGAAGAAGCCUAUUCGCAUAUAAAGAAUGGAGUAAAAGAAGAGGUCAAUGUUGACCGUGUCGUUUCAUUCAACGAGGAUAAUAUUUAUCACACUCUUCUUGGCUACUCUAAAAAUGGAGAGUUACCAAGUGUGAAAGAGCUAAGCUCUCUUCUUGCAAAAGACUUCAAAAAUCUUUUCAUUCGAAGUGAAGCCAAAACAAAGCAGGUUUUGCAAGAAAAAUCAGAUCUCGAGGACAUUUGUGAAUUUUCGAAGAGAGAAAACGCGAAAAAAAUGGAAGAGCUUUACGAAGAGCUUCGAAAGUGCAAAAAAGACUUAAGACUUUGCCAAGCUAGAUACAAAGAUGAAACACACGAGCAAAAAAAUAUAAUUAACGGUCUGGAAGCUGAAUUAAGAAGAUAUAAGUUGGAUAAAGAGGGAAGCGAAGCAAAUGGAUCGAACGAGUCUCUUGAAGUACUUCAACAAGAGGUACGAGAUAUGUGCAUUAAGUUGGAGCAAAAGGACAGUUUUUGUCGGGAACUGGAAAACGAGUUAAGUUCCAUGCACGCGUGGAUUAAAUCCCAGAGAUAUCAUCCGGCUUCCUCUUUUGUCUACAGCUAUGGAAGCCCUCGGCGCCCAGAGUCACGUACGGUCAUCAGAAGUGUACAACUCGUUAAUGGAAACUCGGAGAACAGUCCUGUCAAAAGUAAUGGAAUUGCCCACCAUGAUAGUUCAGAAGAAGAUAUGUAAGCUCUACAGACAGAAUAGAGAUUGGUUCAGUGAAUCUAAAAACAAUGAAUUAUAUCACUAACUGAUUCAAAAGUAUAGUUCAUGUAGUUUCUGCUUAUUAAAUGCGUGUUAAAAAAACUAAAGCUUUGAAUACUGGCAAAUAUCCUUUUUAGAUUCUCUAUUCUUCUCCUUCACUUUAAUUUUAAUAUUUCGAUUUUUUUCAAUGAGUCGAGUUGCCGGCGCUUUAUAAUAUUGAUUAAAGCAAAAACAGCGCUUUAUCAAAGACUGGCAAGCUGCUUAGAAUCUUGAGUUAGACCAAACAAUUCUUUUUGUUAUCUCCGCUUAUAAAUAUUUACAUUGGACUUUCCAUUAUAGUCAGACAUAACAUUCACGGCUCACUAUAGUGGUCGUCUGCGCCUGCAAGAACUUGGCAAAAGCUGUCAAGUUAGUGGCUAUUUUUAUCAGGAUAAGAUCGAUCAUCAAAAUCCAUGAAAGCAAUAUGAAAUUCAUCUCGAAUAGAUUGCGUUAAGAAAUAAAAGCGCUACCAGUCUAGGCGCUGACUUUCUAGAAAAAGAGAAUGUUAAAUGAUUAAAGAGAAAUGGUUUGGCAAUGAGUUCAGUUUGCGUGUGUGCGCUCACGGAGGCAAGAUUGUAGACAUGAUAAAAAUUGCGACAAAAAGAAUUGUUUUCUAAAUAGAUUUUAAUUUGUAAAUGACCUGAAGAGAGGAGAUAGUUCUUGUGAAUAUAUGGUCAGUCAAAACAGUAUAUAGACAGUAAUAAAAUACUAAGCAAAACAGAGACACAGGCGCAGUUGAUCGAAUAACAACCUUGAAUUAUUUAAGUACUAAACGAGUUAACACAA